AUGGAACCGAAGAGCAAACUUGGCCAGCAAGCUUUGAAAAAUUUCACAUUGAUUCACUUUGUGCAAAAUCUUCGUGAACAAAACCUGCUGCUCGACUACCAACUAACAACUGACCCUUUCGUGCAAAAUGGCGCGAUUUCUAUGCUUGCAAAGGGAGAAAUUUCAUGGAGAGGACACGGAGGCACUCCUUUUCAUCCACCGAAUAUUCGGGUGCCAUUUCCACACGGAGUGCAUAUGGUGGAAUUCCUGGCAACCGACUACCUGGCUAAUUCCAUGCUUUACCAUGCUUAUAAGCAGCAUUUGAUGGAUGUAGUUGUUGGUCCAGAAAGCAGUCCUCAGCUAAAGGAUUUGCUUCAUACUUCUUGCGGAAGUGGCUUCUGCAUUGGCGAAUUCCUUGGUGCACUUGGAGACCAGUAUCCAAACCGACAAGUUGAAGUAGUAUUCACUGCAAGAAAAGCUCCGCUAAUUGUUUUCGUGGAGAAUCGUGCGCGAUUCCGGUUGCAUGGAAGGAUGAACAUGUUUGUAAGGCCCAGUAAUCGAAAUCAAACAAAAGAAAUGAUUAUUCGAUCAGACACAACUAUGACAGCGAACGUGAUUAUGUGGAUCAACGGCAGCAGGAUUGUUGGUAAUGCCACUAUUGAGAAUUUGGACUUUAAGUUAUUGGAAACAAAGAUUAGUGACGUUGACCAAGCAUCAUUUGGUGAUCUUGGUCUAUUCGGAGCGGAGUUCUUGGAGAAAUUACUAACGGAGAUACUGCAGCUAGGAAUUACUAUGCCUUCGAUGUUGGGAGUGCAGUUGAAGAGCCCUCGGUGGGUAGAAUACCUACACAGCAACGUUUUUUCACAAAUUGAUAAGUACAUAAGGUGUACGUUCGAGGCUUGCCACAAUUAUGGUCAAUGCACUAUUUUGCGUAAUACUCGCGUGAAAACUGCACCAUUUUUGAUUUUGCAUGGUUUCUGUUUCUUGAAUCGUAGUUUACGGAUAAGCGUAACUGCUCUUCUAACCUACUGCCUGACAUACGCAUUACCUCAUUAUCAAACUAACAUUUAUUCUCCCUUUAGAUUAACGUUCCACGAAAGAUAUCUGCGAGUACAGACAUAUUUCAAACUGGAUGAAAACUUUACUGGUGAUCUCGUUCGGAGCGCUGUCCGGCAAACGCUGAGCCACGUUGGAUGA